AGCGGAGCGGCCGAGGCCGGACAACGCGGCUUGGAUCGCGGAGCCGCGAGCAGCGCUGGGUAACGGCCGCGGCGACCGCCUGGACGGCCCCUGUCCCCGCUGGCGGGCUUCCCUGUCGCCGUUCGCUGCGCUGCCGGUCUUGCAGCCUUACAGUCAUUUGUAAUGGUUACCUCAGAUUCCCCUGCUGUGGUUAACGUUAAACCUAGGAGGUCAGAUGCUCUAAGUGAACAUGUUUAGUGCUGUGCCCGACAAAAGCAAGCAAUCAAAAUGGGACUUCCUUGAGGGCAGGCCUGUCUUGCAUCUGUUUCUCCACCACCUAGCCUGGAAUAUACCACCUAGUUCUUCUGCCUGGAAACUGUUAAAAUUCCCGUGAAUACUUCCAAAGAUAGUUUAUAUAUGUACUGGCCUUAUGGGUUUCUAGAAGGAAAAUCACAGAGGUAAAGCAUCAUUUCAUCACAUCCUGUCAAGGAUGAAGAAACUAAGGAAUCAGAAGUUGCCCAGGAUCAAAGAAACACUUCUUGGUGAAUUUUUGGAUGAAGCCAUUAAAUUAAUUGCUUGCCAUCAUGAGCAGAAGCAAGCGUGACAACAAUUUUUAUAGUGUAGAGAUUGGAGAUUCUACAUUCACAGUCCUGAAACGAUAUCAGAAUUUAAAACCUAUAGGCUCAGGAGCUCAAGGAAUAGUAUGUGCAGCUUAUGAUGCCAUUCUCGAAAGAAAUGUUGCAAUCAAGAAGCUAAGCCGACCAUUUCAGAAUCAGACUCAUGCCAAGCGGGCCUACAGAGAGCUAGUUCUUAUGAAAUGUGUUAAUCACAAAAAUAUAAUUGGCCUUUUGAAUGUUUUCACACCACAGAAAUCCCUAGAAGAAUUUCAAGAUGUUUACAUAGUCAUGGAGCUCAUGGAUGCAAAUCUUUGCCAAGUGAUUCAGAUGGAGCUAGAUCAUGAAAGAAUGUCCUACCUUCUCUAUCAGAUGCUGUGUGGAAUCAAGCACCUUCAUUCUGCUGGAAUUAUUCAUCGGGACUUAAAGCCCAGUAAUAUAGUAGUAAAAUCUGACUGCACUUUGAAGAUUCUUGACUUCGGUCUGGCCAGGACUGCAGGAACGAGUUUUAUGAUGACGCCUUACGUAGUGACUCGCUACUACAGAGCACCCGAGGUCAUCCUCGGCAUGGGCUACAAGGAAAACGUUGACAUUUGGUCAGUUGGGUGCAUCAUGGGAGAAAUGAUCAAAGGUGGUGUUUUGUUCCCAGGUACAGAUCAUAUUGAUCAGUGGAAUAAAGUUAUUGAACAGCUUGGAACACCAUGUCCUGAAUUCAUGAAGAAACUGCAACCAACAGUAAGGACUUACGUUGAAAACAGACCUAAAUAUGCUGGAUAUAGCUUUGAGAAACUCUUCCCUGAUGUCCUUUUCCCAGCUGACUCGGAACACAACAAACUUAAAGCCAGUCAGGCAAGGGAUUUGUUAUCCAAAAUGCUGGUAAUAGAUGCAUCUAAAAGGAUCUCUGUAGAUGAAGCUCUCCAACACCCGUACAUCAAUGUCUGGUAUGAUCCUUCUGAAGCAGAAGCUCCACCACCAAAGAUCCCUGACAAGCAGUUAGAUGAAAGGGAACACACAAUAGAAGAGUGGAAAGAAUUGAUAUAUAAGGAAGUUAUGGACUUGGAGGAGAGAACCAAGAAUGGAGUUAUACGGGGGCAGCCCUCUCCUUUAGCACAGGUGCAGCAGUGAUCAAUGGCUCUCAGCAUCCAUCGUCAUCGUCGUCUGUCAAUGAUGUGUCCUCAAUGUCAACAGAUCCGACUUUGGCCUCGGAUACAGACAGCAGUCUAGAAGCAUCAGCUGGGCCUCUGGGCUGCUGUAGAUGACUACUUGGGCCGUGGGGGGUUGGGAGGGAUGGGGAGUCGGUUAGUCAUUGAUAGAACUACUUUGAAAACAAUUCAGUGGUCUUAUUUUUGAGUGGUUUUUCAAAAAAUGUAGAAUUCAUUUUGUAGUAAAGUAGUUUAUUUUUUUUAAUUUCAAGUGAUGUAAUUUAAAACCUAAGUUGUGUUUCAAAACAGCAACAAAACUGUAUUGUAUUUUUUUGCUGUAAUUAACUGUAUAAUGUAAACCUAAUUAUUUUAUCAUGGUUUAAAUUUUUUGCAUAUUUGCUUUAUCUUAUGCUGCUGAUUUUUUUAACUGAAUUUGUAAGAUUUUGUUUAUCAAAGCAACUAUUAUGUGGUGACUUGCCUAUAUCAUGAAUUAUUUAAGAUUUUUAUAGGUUUUUUUUAUUAGAAUUUAUUUCAGAUGUUUUGUUCAUGAUACUAUCCUUCAGGGUUAUGUGCUUAUCAAUGAAAUAACCCCAGAGGAGUGAGGGAAAAUAACUUGUAGCCAGUUAUAUUCAGGAAUAACUACUGUAAAUGAUGAACGUGUUAGGAGACCUCCAAUAUUUGCUACUUGCCAAUCCUAAUUUAGUUACAAGAAUUGGUAGGCAAUCCUACUUAAUUUUGGCAAAAGCCCCGUCAUCUAAAUGGCAGAAUAACUCAGAGCAUGUCUUUGAAGAUGCUGGGCGUCUACCACCACCUUAUGUCCCGACCCUACCCAACAAAAAUAAGUAAAAAGAAUAUGGUGUAUUCUGCAAAUUUGUGGCAUGCUCAAAGUUUAUGAUCACAUAAAGUCAAGAGGAUACUUCAUGAAUAAUACAUUUCAAUGCAAAUAAACAGAUGGUUCACUUCUACUAGCUAUGAGCCUGUUUUUGUAUACACUGAGUUAAUCUACUCAGGCUGUAGGUCCCAGCAAUGUUCUAGAGUCCGGUCUUUCCCUUUUCCUGCAGCUUCGGGUCCUUGGACCUUUCCGGUUUCUAUUACUUGGAGUGUCUGUCAGUUGAGCACCAGUUGUUCUGGUGUUUCUGGCCAUUUGAUUCUACUUGUAGCAUAAUCAUUUAUACUAGCUAUUGGGAGGUUCCAAAGCCUACCUAGAUUUGUGUAGGUGAUGUAUCAAAUGAGCAAUAUACCGUUCAUCUGAAAAUAGUAGCACACAGCCAUAUAUAGGAUAUCAUUUUCUAAGGACUGUUUCUUCACAUUGAGCAGAGCAGGCAUAAAUGGUGGUUAUUUAGUCUGAGUCUUUUAUUUUUUUAUACCUGAUUUUCAGCAUAACACGCAAUGUGGAUGUCGAGUAGUGUUAAGAAUGGUGCUGCUCCUGACAAGUGUAUGUUAACUGUUUACAUUUUCUAUCUGCAGAAUUAUUUCUCUAUUACUGAACUUUUCCUAAGUAAAAUGUCUUUGAAGUCUCA